AUCGUCCGACGGUUUGAUAUUUAGUCCAUCAUCGGCUGCACAUCGUCACUGAUUAAUUUUAUCAUAAUAAUAUGCUAAUAUUAUACUUACGCAACGUAUCUCAAUGAAACGUGAUACCUGAAGUCGUCAUCUGAUUUGAAUCCAUGGUUAUUUAGUUUUUUGACGUUGUUUUCGUAUCUUGUCACUGCUCCUUAUCACAAAAAAAAAAUAAAAAAUGCCAGAUUUCGACAGUAUCGGAGAGGACGUAUCGAACUGUAGGCCGAAGGUACAUUUGCAAUGGGCCUCCGGAUCACAGCCGGUCAGGAAGUUGAGCGUUGUGUCGUUGCUACCUAAAAAGGUAAAAGACUUUGUUGAGGAAAGCGUGCGGUUGUGUAGGCCGUCAAACGUGUACGUUUGCGAUGGAUCCGAAGCUGAAAACACUAUGCUCAUAGAACGUCUACUGGAAAAUCAAACUAUUGUUCCGCUACCAAAGUACAAAAACUGCUUUUUAGCCAGGAGCAGUCCCAGGGACGUUGCUAGGGUGGAGAGCCGGACGUUUAUAUGUACCAAAAAUAAGAGAGACGCAGUCAACGUGCCAAAAGGUUCGAUCAAGGGGAUGCUGGGAAACUGGAUGAGUCUGGAGGAAGCGGAUAGUGCCGUCGCCGAACGGUUCCCAGGUUGUAUGGAGGGUAGAACUAUAUAUGUUAUACCGUUCAGCAUGGGACCUCUGGACUCGCCGUACUCAAAACUUGGAGUUCAACUUACAGACUCGGCGUACGUCGUAUGCUCGAUGCGCAUCAUGACCAGAAUCGGCAUCAAGGUAUUAGAAAAACUUGACUGUCCUGAUGAUAAUGGCAACGGCGUGGGUUAUUUCGUUAAGGCAUUGCAUUCAGUCGGUCAUCCGGCCGAAGGCCCAGUCCAACACCCACACUGGCCUUGUGAUCCCGACCGUACCAUUAUUUUGCACAAACCUGAGACAGACGAAAUCAUUAGUUAUGGAAGCGGAUAUGGUGGUAACUCGCUCCUGGGCAAGAAGUGUUUCGCUUUAAGAAUUGGUUCGUCAAUAGCUCAUCGUGAGGGUUGGCUUGCGGAACACAUGUUGAUCUUGGGCGUGACUAAUCCAAGGGGUCGAAAACGGUACGUGGUUGCCGCGUUUCCGAGUGCCUGUGGCAAGACUAACAUGGCGAUGAUGCGGCCUACACUUCCAGGUUACAAGGUGGAGUGCGUGGGUGAUGACAUCGUAUGGAUGCGGUUUGACCGAAACGGGCAGCUGAGAGCCAUUAACCCAGAAUUUGGAUUCUUUGGCGUGGCACCCGGUACAUCCAGGACCACAAACCCUGUGGCUAUGGACACGGUGUUUGAAAAUACGAUAUUUACCAAUGUAGCACAAACCAGUGAUGGUGGUGUAUAUUGGGAAGGAAUGGAUACCCUGGAACCUGGAGUUACCGUCACAGACUGGCAGGGCAAUCCAUGGACACCCGGCGGCACACCAGCCGCGCACCCAAAUUCUAGGUUUUGUACACCAGCUGAACAGUGUCCAAUUAUUGACCCUAAUUGGCAGUCUCCAGAUGGUGUACCAAUUGACGCUAUCUUAUUCGGCGGCAGACGUCCGUUUGGUGUGCCUUUAGUAUAUGAGGCAUUUGACUGGAAACAUGGAGUGUAUGUUGGUGCUUCCAUGAAGUCUGAAGCUACCGCAGCUGCCGAACACAAGGGCAAAGACAUCAUGCAUGACCCGUUUGCCAUGAGGCCUUUUUUCGGAUACAACUUUGGACACUAUUUGCAGCACUGGUUGUCAAUGGAGACAGCCAUACCUAACGUUAAGGUGCCUAAAGUAUUCCACGUAAACUGGUUCCGAAAAGAUGACCAAGGAAAAUAUAUGUGGCCAGGAUAUGGUGAAAAUUGUCGCGUUUUGGACUGGAUUUUACGUCGGAUAGACGGGGAACCUUUCACAGCACGACCGACACCCAUUGGUUAUGUGCCUACUCACGAAUCAUUCGAUGUUCAUGGACUAAACGUAAACUUUGACGGGCUGUUUUCCGUCCCCAUUGACUUUUGGAAGGAAGAGGCCAAAGAAAUAGAAAAUUUUUUGUACGAACAGGUAGACGAAGAUUUGCCAAAAGAUAUACAAGAUCAAAUCAACAGCUUGUUCAGACGUCUAAAUUCACAUCAACAAAAUUAACAGUUCACACCUACCUAUAGACUAUUCAAAUGUUCUCUUAAUGUACAUCAAAAGUUAUUGCAUAUAUUAAUUUUUAAGUUAGUGAUAAAAUGUUUAAAAGUAAUUAUAAGUUUAUUUAAAUGUAUA